UACUUGACACGGAGCUUCUCUACCGGUACUAUAUUCGAAGACCCCUCUAGAGAAAACUACCAUGGCCGAUGCCAUCUUCUCAGCCGUCGUGGGUGACAUGGUGGGCAGGGUGAUAUCCCUUCUCGCCGGCCACUACAAAGCGCAACGGUUCACCGAAGCCAAGCUACGGAGGAUAUCCCAUAUGCUCAUCAAGGUUCACAGCGCAAUAGAGGAGGCCAAAGGGAGGCAGAUCACGAACCACGGCACCCUCGACUGGCUCACGGAGCUCAACGACGGCGUGUACCAGGGCCGCUAUUUUCUCGACACGGUAGGAUGCGGCAGAGAGCCGGAGCUUGAAAAGGAAGAAGACGAGCUCGCUGCUGAUCACAACAAGGUAGCUGCAAAACAUUUCUCCCUGUCCUUGUUCAAUCCUGCGAAGCGCGUGCGUGUAGCGGCGUGCACCGUGAAGAGCCUCCUCUUGCCUCGGCAAGAUGUUGAUGUUGAUAAGAACAUAGACCGGGUGGUGGAGAUCUUGGAGAUGAUAUCUGGAGAUAUCAAGGAGUUCCUGAUGCUCCUGCAGAAUUGCCAGCCGAUGCACCGUCCAUUGACCACGAAUAUCUUCAUGGAAGGGCAGAUGUUCGGCCGGCACGUGGAGAAGGAGAGGAUCAUCAACUUCUUGCUGCAGGCCGACGACGGCAGCCGAUUGAAUAACGGAAAUCUGGGCGUGCUUCCGAUUGUUGGCGACAUGGGAGUCGGGAAGACCACCCUUGCGCAGCAUGUCUGUGAUGAUCCCAGGGUGCGCAGCCACUUCCCAGUAAUCAUCUAUUCUAUUUUCUCAUGUAUCUUAGCUAUGGUACGGGGAGAAGCAGGGGUUGUUCUACAAUCCAAACACACGGUUGGAGACGCUCAAAACCUCAUCGAGUCACUGCGUGUACUCAGGGAGAAUUACCGCAGCAAGAGGUUCCUCAUCGUAUUUGAGGAUGUUGACAUGUGCAAGAAACAGACGAUGGAAGAGCUGCUGCCCAUCUUAAGACAGGGGAAACAGGGGAGCAAGAUCAUCGUCACCACCAAUAACAGGCGUGUGGCAAGAACCAUGGGGACGGUGGAUCCAAUCAUUCUGAAGGUUAUGCCGCACGCCGAGUACUGGUUCUUCUUCAAGGCCUGUGCGUUUCCGGGAAGAGAUGUGGAAGAGAACCCGAGGAUGGUAGCGGCAGGUGAAGCGAUAGCUAAGAAGCUAAGUGGGUCGUUCUUCGGUGCCAAGAUGGUCGGAGGGAUGCUGAAAGCGCACCCGGAUCGCCGUUUCUGGUGCAAGGUCCUGAGAAGCAACAUUGGGGGUUUGUCUCUGUUGGGGGAUGGCAUUGGGUACAUUGCAGAUUUGGCCGAGAACUUGCUGCCAAGUCACGCAGAAAUGUGUGAAGUAACCGUUUCCAAGAAUCCAUUUUCAGCUCACACAGAAUUGGCCAGGUUGGAAGAUAUAUGUCAGGAACCUCCUGGUGCUGAUUCUGCCUCUGAUGGCUUUAUUGGAGGUUAUGUCCGGUUUGCAAGAGUGCUGUUGUGCAGAUCUGUGUUAGAAACUUUUACCAUGGCGGAGGCCGUCUUCUCGGCGGUCGUCGGCGACGUCGUGAGCAGAGUGAUCUCCCUCGUCGCCGGCCGUUUCGGCGACCAACAGAGCACCGACACCGACGCCAAGCUAAAACGGAUAUGCCGUAUGCUCAUCAGGAUCCACAGCGUGGUGGAGGAGGCCAAAGGGAGGCAAAUCACCAACCACGGCGCCCUCGACUGGCUCUCGGAGCUCAACGACGGCGUGUACGAGGGCCGCUAUUUGCUCGACACGGCCGGAUGCUGCAGAGACCAGCCCGAGCUUGAAGAUCACCAGGUAGCAGCACAGCCUUUCACCUUGUCCUCCUUCAAUCCUGCGAAGCGCAUCCGGGUCGCUGCGUGCGCGGUGAAGAGCAUAUUGUCUCUCCGGCCUGAUGCUGGUGCUGAUGAGAUCGACAGGGUGCUCGAGAGCUUGCGAAGCUUGUCCGGCGAUCUCCGGGAGUUCAUGAUGCUCCUGCAAGGCUGCAAGAAGCGGAUCCGCCGGCCUUUGGCCACCAAUAUCUUCGCCGAAGGCCAGAUGUUCGGCCGGCAUGUCGAGAAAGAGAGGAUCAUCAACUUCUUGCUGCACGACGACGACGGUCCCUUGACAGAGAAGCUCCUGGUGCCGCUGCUUCCGGUUGUCGGCGACAUCGGAUCCGGGAAGACCACCCUGGUUCAGCAUGUCUGCGACGACGCCAGGGUGCGCAGCCGGUUUCCGAUAAUCAUGCUGUUCAAUAUCACAUCCACCUAUGCCAUGGCCAUGGGUGAAGCAACGGUUGUGAUAAGGUCCAAGCAUGUGAUUGGAGACUCUGGAAACCUCAAACAUCCAUUGCACGUGCUCGACGGGGAUUUCCGGAAGAAGCGGUUUCUCAUGGUAUUUGAGGAUGUGGACAUGCACAAGAAGCAGAUGCUGGAGGAGCUUCUGCCGAGACUGAGAAAUGGCAAGCUGGGGAGCAAGAUCAUAGUCACCACAAGCAAUGGGCAUGUCGCCAGAAUGGGGACAGUUGAGCCGAUCAAGCUCAAAGCUCUGCGGCACCCGGAAUACUGGUUCUUCUUCAAGGCGCACGCCUUCGCGGGCACGGACGUCGAGGAGGACCCGAGGAUGGUAGCGGCGGGGAAAGGGAUCGCGAGGAAGCUAAAUGGUUCGUUCUUCGGUGCCAAGAUCGUCGGAGGGGUUCUGAAAGCGCGCCCGGAUCCCCGGUUCUGGCGCCGUGUCCUGAGAAGCAAUAUUGGGGAGUUGUCGUCACUGGGGGAUGGCCUUGGGUACAUGGCAGAUCUGGCAGAGAAUUUGCUGCCGAGCCAUGUGAACAUGCGCCAGCUGAUCAUAUCUAAGAAACCGUUUUCGGCGAAUCAGCCUGAAUUUGCCAAGUUGCAUGAUAUGUUUCUGCCAAGUGCUCCUAAUGCUAUUGCUGCCCUGGAUAGCUGUCGUCCAGAUGUUGUUCGUAACGAGAAGGUGUUGUUGUGUAGGUCAGUUUUGCCGUUCUACUGUUUGUACUACAAUGCUCAUUGUACUGUACGCGGAUGAAUUCACAGUUCAUCAGAAUUCAGACUAUAAUUAUGACUUGAAUUCAGGCCAUGACUGUAGCAGGGAAACAUAAGACUUGUAUGCCGGAAUCCUAUGUGUAACAGUGUAAGCUAUUAUUUCUUUCUCUUGUAAGUAGUAGAAAUACUAUGAAUACUAUGUAACGGGGUUUCUUUUUGAACUACCCAGUAAGUAUUUAUUUUUCA